CUCAAUAACUCAUGCAAUUUUGAAUACACACAGCUGAGAAAAUGAGUAAAAUAUUAAAAAAUACGUUUAGAUUUUAGAUUAUUCCUUUUUAAGAUUUCUUAUUACUAAGAAUAAUGAAUUUGAUUUGUUUUAAAGUCUCAAGAAAGAGUUGUCAAAUUGUUCAACAGACUGCGUUUUAAAAGAACGUUCAUGUGAAUCAGGUGUACCUAUUUAGUUCCAGUGAAACUAGUGAAAGUGAAGACAAAUAUAUUUGUGAAUUUGCUUUUGCUUUGCAAAAUGAUAAUAGACAGUUCUUUCGAUGUCGAUGUCUUCGGCCCAAGACUCAACUCAUGCGAAAAAGGUUUUGAAGAAGAUGUGUAUGUUAACCGAAUUGCAGAACUUGAAAAAAAAGUGGGCGAACAACAAAAUGAACUCAUUUGUCUUAAGGCUACUCUAGCGGAAGCGCUUCGAAGGCUUAACAACCUAGAAGUUACUCAACAAGCAUCUCGUGUAAUUCCAACUCCCACGCCAAUUACUCCGACUAGGUUGGAAACGAGUAGCAGUCCUAGUAGCGAUUAUCACAAACAAAGCUAUAAUAAUACUACAUCAAAACUAGAAGAACAGCGGAAAAACUAUAUUUCAUCAUUUUUACCUCAAAGAAAAGCCGUUCAUUAUCGAUCUACAGGUAGCCUACAUAGUGACAGUCAAAGUUCCAGUAGUGCAAGCCCGAUUCCUACUCCUUCACCCAGAGCUACGCCUCUUCCAACUAAUGCCAGAAGAACAUAUAGCAGCUCAAAGUUAUCUACAAAAAGUACUUCUUCACUACAUAAAAGAUGGAGUUCAACUGGAGAUUUUAUUCAUAUUAAUAAUCAUACUGACGUGCAUUCGAAAACAAAAGACAUUACCUACAAUGAUGAAGAAAAAAGUAUAAAGAUGUUUCUCCGAAAUAAGCCUAUUAUUUUACACGUACCUUCAAAUUUAACUGAAAACUAUGAAAUAACAAAAGUGUCAAAAACUCCUUCGAAGAAAUUGAAACUAGAAUGGGUAUAUGGUUAUAGAGGAAGAGAUUGUCGAUCGAACCUUUAUUUUCUGCCAACUGGAGAAAUAGUUUACUUUGUAGCAGCCCUUGCAAUUUUAUAUAAUCCUGAAGAACAAAUACAACGGCAUUAUACUGAACAUACUGAUGAUAUUAAAAGUUUAGCAAUUCAUCCAAAUAAGAUGACUAUAGCAACAGGUCAAUGCACUGGCCAUAAUAAUUUAGAGAGAAGGGCACACAUAAGAGUAUGGAACUCCAUUUCUCUUCACACUCAAUAUGUUAUUGGUAUGAAUGACUUUGAUUCAGCUGUGUGUUGUCUGUCAUUUGGAAAAGUGGAUGGGUCACUUUUAUUAGCUGUAGAUGAUGCUCCAGAUCAUACUAUUUCUUUAUGGGACUGGCAAAAAGGCGAAAAUGGUUACAAAAUCACGGAAACUAAAUGUUCAGUAGAUACUGUAGUAUCAGCAGAAUUCCAUCCAAUAGACAACAAUUGCAUAGUCACUUGUGGUAAAACCCACAUAGCUUUUUGGUCUAUACAAAUAAAUGGAAAUUUAUUCAAAAGAAAUGGUAUAUUUGAAAUUAGAGAUAGGCCUAGAUAUGUAACUUGUGUAAAUUUUUUACAAUCUGGAGAAGUCAUUAGUGGUGAUUCUAGUGGACAUUUAGCCAUUUGGGGAAGAGGUACAAACACCCUAUUUAAAUAUAUUAAGAAUGUACAUGAAGGAUCUAUUUUUUCCAUUUGUGUAACGAAACAUGGAAACAUAAUUACAGGAGGUGGAAGAGAUGGGAGAUUAGUUGAGUUCGCUCCGAAUUUGGUUUUAACAGGUGUAGUUAAUCAGAUCGAAGGUCACUUUGGAGGAGUUCGAAUAGUUUCUGAAGGAAAAGGUUAUCAACUUUUGAUUGGUACCACUCACAACUGUAUCCUUCUUGGAACUCUAGAUAUCGGAUUUCAACCGAUUGUACUUGGUCACGCCAAUGAAAUUUGGGCGUUGGCUUCCCAUCCUACUAUACCUCAUUUUGCAACUGCUGGUUAUGACAGAGUUUUACAACUUUGGGAUUCCAUGUCACACACUAUUUUGUGGAGCAAAGAUAUCGAAGAACAAGCCCAAAGUAUUUGCUAUUAUCAUGAUGGUUCAUGUAUUAUAGUGGGUUGUAUUAAUGGAAAAUGGCUGGUAUUUGAUGUACAAAGUCGUCAACUUUUAGCCCGUCAUACAGAUGGAAAUGAUCCUAUUCAAGUGAUAAGGUUUUCUCCAGAUGGAUCAUUACUUGCAAUUGGUUCGAGAGAUAGUCUAAUUUAUAUUUAUCAAGUUUCCGAUGAUGGUACGAAAUAUACAAGAGUAGGACGUUGUGUGGGUCAUUCGAGUGGCAUAGUUCAUUUGGAUUGGGCAGAGAAUAGCCAAAUGUUAAGGUCAAAUUCAUCUGAUUUCGAAUUAUUAUUCUGGAAUUCUGAAACCUGUCGCCAAAUAGUCCAAAUUCCUUUGUUACGAGAUAUUGAAUGGGCAACACACACUUGCACUGUAACGUUUUCAACAAUUGGAAUAUGGUCAGAAUAUAUAAGUGGAAUUGAUAUUAAUUGUUGUGAUCGUAGUCAUGACUCUGAAUUAAUUGUUACUGGAGAUGAUUAUGGAAAAGUUAAAUUGUACAGUUUUCCGGCAAGUCAACCUAAGUCUCUGUGUCAUACCUAUAGUGGUCAUAGCAGCUACGUUACAGACGUAAAAUUCUUAUAUGAUGACUCUAGAGUCAUAUCCACUGGGGGAAACGAUACUGCUGUGGUACAAUGGACAGUUACUUGAUAAACAUGUUUUAGCUUUUAAAGUACAUAAACAAAUUUUAUUGUAAAAAUAAAAAUUUUCAUGUGCCACAGUUCUAAAAAUUGUCAAUUUUAAAAUUAAGUGCUAUGUACUUAAAAUAAUUGAUCUACUUAAUACAAGAUGUAAUGUGUGACAAUAAAAACUGAGUAAUAUUAA